GCAGAGGGAAGGCGGGAGGGUGCGCCGCGGAGCCUCCUGCGUGCUCACUUGCUCCCUCCCUCUGCCGGUGGGUUAGUCAGUCAGUCAGCUCGCCUGCAGCCGCGGGCCGCGAGUCGCAGAGGGCCGGAGCCCUGGACGCCGGCGCCUCCUCCUGCCAUUGUUCAUCCGACAGCUGCAGCAGCGGGCGGGCGCAGGACCCCGGGCCCGGGAGCCGCGGCAACAUCAUGACAACAGAGAAGAGUUUAGUGGCCGAGGCUGAAAAUUCACAACACCAACAACAGAAGGAAGAGGGCGAGGGAGCUACGAACUCAGGCCAGCGAGAGACUCAGCGGGAAGAGGCUUCCCAAGCAGCAGCCGAGGGAGAGCAUCCGUGUGAGCAGAAGCUGAAGACAUCUAAUGGAGACACUCCCACGCGUGAAGACUUGACCAAGAACAAGGAGCGGACCUCGGAGAACAGGGGCCUGUCACGGCUCUUCUCCUCCUUUCUCAAGAGGCCUAAAUCUCAGGUCUCGGAGGAAGAAGGCAAAGAGGUAGAGCCAGCUAAAGAGAAAGGUGAAGGAGGUCAGAAAGAAGCAGAAUUUGCCACCAGUCUUGAUGAAGAGAUCAUUUUAAAGGCCCCCAUUGCAGCCCCCGAACCUGAACUCAAAACAGACCCAUCCUUGGACCUUCACUCAUUAAGCAGCGCGGAAACACAGCCUGCUCAGGAAGAACAGAGAGAAGAUCCAGAUUUUGAAACUAAGGAAGAAGGAGGAGUGGAAGAGUGCUCUAAAACAGAAGCGAAAGAAGAAAGUCCUGAAUCAAAAGCAGAAAGAGAAAUAAAAGCUUCCCAUAAGUCGAUCAGAAGACACAGAAACAUGCAUUGCAAAAUUUCUUUGUUGGAUGACACAGUUUAUGAAUGCGUUGUGGAAAAACAUGCAAAAGGACAAGAUUUGCUCAAGCGAGUGUGUGAGCACCUCAAUCUGUUGGAAGAAGACUACUUUGGUCUAGCCAUUUGGGAUAAUGAAACCUCCAAGACAUGGCUGGACUCUGCCAAAGAAAUAAAAAAGCAGGUUCGUGGUAUCCCUUGGAAUUUCACAUUUAAUGUAAAGUUUUAUCCACCCGACCCAGCACAGUUAACUGAAGAUAUAACAAGAUAUUAUUUAUGUCUUCAACUUCGGCAGGACAUAGUUGCAGGACGUCUGCCUUGUUCCUUUGCAACCUUAGCAUUACUAGGUUCUUACACCAUCCAGUCUGAGCUGGGCGACUAUGACCCAGAGCUCCACGGUGCGGAUUAUGUUAGUGAUUUCAAACUGGCCCCAAACCAGACCAAGGAACUUGAAGAGAAGGUCAUGGAGCUGCAUAAAUCAUACAGGUCCAUGACUCCAGCUCAAGCUGACCUGGAAUUUCUUGAGAAUGCCAAAAAGUUGUCCAUGUAUGGUGUUGACCUCCACAAAGCAAAGGACUUGGAGGGAGUGGAUAUCAUCCUGGGUGUCUGCUCUAGCGGCCUUCUGGUUUACAAAGAUAAGCUGAGAAUUAACCGCUUUCCUUGGCCCAAAGUGCUGAAGAUUUCUUAUAAACGUAGCAGCUUUUUCAUCAAGAUUCGGCCUGGAGAGCAAGAACAGUAUGAAAGUACCAUUGGAUUCAAACUCCCCAGCUACCGAGCAGCUAAGAAAUUAUGGAAAGUCUGUGUAGAGCAUCACACAUUUUUCAGGUUGACGUCUACAGACACCAUUCCUAAGAGCAAGUUUCUUGCCCUGGGAUCCAAAUUUCGGUACAGCGGCCGAACUCAGGCUCAGACCAGGCAAGCCAGCGCUCUGAUCGACAGGCCCGCCCCUCACUUCGAGCGUACAGCAAGCAAACGCGCAUCCCGGAGCCUUGAUGGAGCGGCCGUGGACUCAACGGACCGCAGUGCUCGGCCCACUUCUGCCCCAGCCAUCGCUCAGAGGCAGGACGUGGAAGGCAGUGUGCCGGGUGCCCCCGCCAAGAAAACGGGGGCUUCUAAAGAGCAGGAGGACACCGUGGAGGCUGAAGUGGAAAAGGAAGAAGUGCCCCCUGAGCCAGACGAGUCGGCGGCCGCGGAGAUAUGGCAGGAUUUAGAAAAAAGUCAAGAAGAGAUCAAAAAACAUCACGCCAGCAUCAGUGAGCUGAAGAAGAACUUUAUGGAGUCUGUACCGGAACCACGGCCUAGCGAAUGGGAUAAACGCUUAUCCACUCACUCCCCGUUCCGAUCACUUAACAUCAAUGGCCAAAUCCCCACAGGAGAAGGACCUCCCCUGGUGAAGACCCAGACUGUCACCCUCUCAGAUACUGCCGACGCCGUGAAGAGCGAGAUCCCCACCAAAGACGUCCCCAUCGUCCACACCGAGACCAAGACCAUCACCUAUGAGGCUGCUCAGACUGAGGACAGCAAUGGGGACUUGGACCCCGGAGUCUUGCUGACAGCUCAGACCAUCACGUCAGAGACCACCAGCAGCACCACCACAACUCAGAUUACUAAGACUGUAAAAGGUGGGAUAUCAGAGACCCGGAUCGAAAAGAGAAUUGUGAUCACAGGAGAUGCUGAUAUUGACCACGAUCAGGUCCUCGUGCAGGCCAUCAAGGAGGCAAAGGAGCAGCACCCAGACAUGUCAGUGACCAAGGUGGUCGUCCAUCAGGAGACUGAAAUCUCUGAGGAAUGAGCUCAGGAAUCGUUUACCCCCAACUCCCUGCCCGUCUCCCAUCCAUGAGAAAUGAUCAAGAAGCUAAACUGCAAUAGUCAGACUUCAGACUUGCAAGAUUAUUAUAAACCACCAGAAAAUUAAUUUCACUUUCUAUUUGGAGUUUAUACCAACAGAGUCUUCUAGACAUCACCGAUCCCUUUGAAUACCUUUUUCUAUAUUGUGAUACCAGAGAUUGUUCAACUUUUCACUGUCCGGACUGUUUUUAAAGAGCUUUUGGGGUUUUUAUGGGGUGGUUUGUAAUCCCUUCAUUCAGUCUAGCCUCUCCCCCUGUAUUUCCAACCCAGCUACUGACAGCGUCCGCAGAACUCCUCUGGAAAUCCUCCAAAGCCUCUGUCAGCUGUGUUGGGGGCCAAAGCCAGCUUAAUGGGGCUGCCCUGCUCCUCUCCCAGUUUUGUGCCCUUCGGAUGACAGCAGAGACUUCCAAAACCAGCCCUGUCUCGGAGCCAGCGAUGUGACGUUCCCAGAAUGGCAGGCAGGGUGCGGCCCUGAUCCACAGGCCCCAGGAAGAGUGCCCCUGUCCCUUUGCGGAGGUGGUUUUGGCGAGGCAGAGCCCUCUGCUGAGAAUGUAGUAUUGCUUUUCCUUCCUCCUGUUCUUUCUCUUCGGAGCUUCUUUAGAUCAAAGACGUAAGAAGCCGCUCAGCUGCAUCUGAUACUGUGAAUGUUCGAACAGACCCGUGGCCUUCACCGUCCUGCCCCACCCCCUCCUUCGACCUCGUCAGAAGCGGCGGCGGCUCUGCUGCGCGCUCCCCCACCUCCCGUCUCAGGAGACCCAGACUCACGGGAAACUGGGCACUUGUGGCCCAGAGCACUAGAGGCACAUUUUCCGUGGCGAUUAGGGCAAAGAGAGCGAAUGAGGGUUUUGAAAGGUUUUCUGGCUCUGGGGCUGCGCACCCCACACAGGGAUGGCGGGCUGUCCCUCGGGCGGAGCCUGCUAAGCAGCAUGUCCAGGUGCCUCCCCCGGGCCUCUUCCCUGAUCCUGGGUGAUCAGGAAUGUGACGCAGGGAGGAGGCUGGCAUCCUUGACCUGUCUUCUUACCACCAGCACCUGCCUGCAGGCACCCUUGUGGAGCAGGGCAGUUGGCUUCUAGGGGCCAUUCUGCCCACAAGACCCCACGUGCCAAGGGGGACAAGCACCAGCUCUGCCCACUCUCACUCCUCCCCGCCCCCCGAGGGCUGCCAGGGUUUGUGGGCUUGAUAUGUAUGGUGGACUUGGGUUUAAUUCUUUUGUUGUGGUUUGGUUUUGAAAAUGAGGGGUGAUGUCUCAGUUCCACCAUUCCAGGUACAGACUUGGGGGCACUUUUAUUCAGUGGGGCUUCUCUGAUCUUCCAGCUUGCUCCCACAAACAGAUCUGCCUGGAAGUCCUGAGAAUCCUCAUUCUGGGGCAGGUGUGAAUUCAUGAGGCGGGCGGGGCAGGGGGAGGGACACGGUUGGUCAGAGGCUGCAGUCCCCGGGGGCUGCAGGGCCGUUAGCAGGAGAGAGGCCUGCCCUUCUGCUCCCCGCAGUGGGAGCCCGCGGCGUGUGUCCAAAGCCUCUGCUGGCCGGGUUCUGCUCAGGCAGGCGCAGCUGGUUUGAACGUACUUCAGGUGUGUGCGUUUUUCUCUUAAUAGUGGUGUGAGAUUGUGAUUAAGCAACAGGCAGCUCUCUCCGGAGGGGGCUGGGGGUUCAGGAGGACCUCAGGUGGGACGCGUGGCCGGCUCGGGGAGGUUGUCCUGUCUCAGGAACAGACUUACAGCCUGUGGGCAUAGGUGUCGCUAUGGAUGGGGCUUUCUGGUUGGUGCCCAAGCCUGGGUGGUCCAGCUCACACCAAACAAGCCUAUGGGAGCUCACUUCCCAGUGGCGGGCAGUCCUGCCGAAAGCCCCCCGUGGCUCCCAGAGCUGGAACCUGCAGAACGAAGAGGGUGGGGGACAGGAAGCGAGCACAGCCCGCGCACUGGGAAUCUGGCAGACUGCAUAUUCCGUGCUGUCCAGACCAGCGUGGUGGCUCUCGGAGCAGGGGCCACACACCUGGGGGCCUCACCUUUCCCUCAGCUCUGCCACCAACUCGCCACCCUUCUCGCUGCCUCCUUUUCUGUGAACUGGACUGGAAGGUCUCCAACGCCCUUCCGGCGCUGAGAGGUUCUGACCUGGACUAGUAAGGGGCGGGGGGGUCCUUCCAAGCCUCUUCCCCUCUCCUCCUCCUCCUCUGGUAACAGACCUCGGGGUUUGGCAAUACUUUGGAUUUUUUCCUCCUGCGGGUGUGUGUGUGUGUGUGUGUGUGCACGCGUGAAGAAACACAGGCUCUGUCCGGGCGG